AUGUAUCAUGUUGAAUGCCUCAAGUGUCGGUGUUGUAAUAAAGAACUCAAAACUGGGAACUUCUUUUCCUAUGCUGAUAAAUCCACACUUUACUGCAUGGACCAUUAUCACAAAAAUAUAUGUUUGGUAAUUGAGUUAUUUUUAGUAAAAACUGAAAACACUGCGGAAUCGAAAAGAAAAUCAAAGUCUCCUAAAUCUUGUUCGGAAGCAAAUGGGAGUCCUAAAAAGCCUGAAUCCAUUAGUGAGGAAGUUCAAACCAACCAUGAAGCCAACAAUAACCUCAAAAAAUGCAAACAACGUGGACGGAGGACAUCAAUCAAACCACACCAAAUUGAGCUUCUUACAGAAUUGUACGAAAGUGAAAGAAAACCAUCGCGUCAUACAUUGGAAGAAAUGACCAAAUUGACUGGACUACCAAUUCGCGUGAUCCAAGUCAGGAUGGGGGUCUCUAAUGUUAGGUCUGGUUUCAAAACAGGAGGUCCAAGGAACGGAGAAACAACCCGAGCAACUCUAGCCUCCUACCUUCCAAUCCACCUCCCAGUAACAGAGAAUUUGGGGUCUUCAAACAUCAGUUUAAUCAAAAGCCACAAAUCCUCCAGAAUAACAGAUCUGGAAAUAAUUUUUUUUCGUCAUUUGUGA